CUCAGUUCACAUCCAGCAGUCGUUGGAGUAACUUGUGCUGAUAGUGAGUCGGAGUGCUUCAUAACUUCGUUCAGCUGACAUGGCCAGUGGUGACUCCUGCGGAGAGCCGCCCCUGAGUGGAGAUGACCCUCCUAGCGAGGGCAAGGCCAAGCGACGCCAACACUGCACCAUCUGCAAGAAUCACAACAAGGUGUCCCCUAAGAAUCGUCACAAGUGUCCUUUCACCAACUGCGAGUGCACGCUGUGCCAGCUGACCCGCAAAAGCCAGAGGGUCAUGUGCCAUCAGCAACGGCUGUGGCGCUUCCAGAAAAUGGUAAAGAAGAGCGACGGCUCCGAAGGGGCGGCGCCUGAGGGCGGCAAUUGCGGAGGGCCGGCACCCGGCAGCAGGGCGCCUGGGACGCCAAAAGGGCUUCUCGCGGAGGAGAUUCCUCCCUCGAGUGACAGCGGGAACACGGAUGGACUCAGCAAACGACAGGUGUGCGACAAAUGCAGGAACCACGACAUUUGGGUGCGGAAGCGCGGCCACAAAGGCAACUGCCCCUACGAGAAAUGCAGCUGCCCGUACUGCUCCUUCACGGCGACGCGGCAGAAAUUAAUGAAGCAUCAGCAGCGUGUGCGACGGGCCCAAGUCACCAGUCAGCCAGGGAGCAGUCCUCAGGAAUUCGUCUUAAGGCCAGCAGGACGCUCAGAUGCCACUACUGAUGAAAUGGAAUCCCCAGACGCACAGCCAGACAAUCCUGGAGAGUCUCCGCCUCAAGUCGGGGAGGGAAAGGAUAUCGCCGCAUCAGAAUCCUUCCCCAAGAUUACCUCCCCGCCAGCUCCGCCUCUCGACCCUGCUUCUUCCCCUGAUCCCGUCGCCGAACCAGCGCACACACAAUGUUGGUUGGAGCCGUACAAAGAGAGUCCUGCACAACCUUCCAUGCCACGAGAAGUCCCGGAGACGCGAUCGUCCGCCUUCCAGCCUCCCGGGUAUGAGACCUCACCCAUCUACACUCCAGCGCCCACAGCCCAAACGCCUGUCAACCCUCACAUAAAGCCGGACCGUAGCUUCGACCUAACUAGAUGCUAUGAAUCCACCGAUACCCCCAAGACUUUCGCGACGCCGCCUCAGAACUCGGCUCUGCGCUGCCCCUUGCCAGCCCAGGACUUCCCCACCUCCGUCAUGUCCUCCAUGAAGCCAAAGUUCGGCGUCGAACCUGACGACUUUCAGCUGCGGAACUGGACUGGACCUAUCGAUAACCAGUUAGCCAAGACUCCACUGGGCAUCCCACCCCCGUGCGUGUCUCUGCCCUUACCUCAGCCACCUCCUCCGCUCAGUUCCUCGGCCUCCAUCAGACCCCAUCCCCCCAUCCGACCCCAGCCGCCCAUCCGACCUCAGCCCAUUCCAGCCCCGAGGCUUUCCCAUGUCCAUCCGCACAUGGGCUGGAGUUCCGUGAGUCUACCUUACAUUGCUUCAGCUCUCCUCCAGACCCACCACGGGAGCGCCCCCGGCCUCCACCUCCCCCGCCCUGCUCACCUAACCGCCCCCGCCUCGUCUCUGGCAGCGUGGUGGUGCCCCCCGCGUCUGUGUGACCACCGGGAAGUCAUGAUGAACGGUGGGGGGGGUGGCGCGCCCUCCUCCAUCUAAGUGAAAGCUCCAGAGUUGUGAAUGCAAACACAAAGUGAUAUUGACAUAGCACUGCAGUACUUUAAACUUGAACUUCAGUAAAUCUGUGGUAAUAAGCCAAGGCAAACUUUUUUUUGCCACCUUUUUGUUAAAGUGCAAAUGCUCAUUCAGUUGAUAUGCCUGAAAAAUCCGAAACUUAACUAAGUUCGCUGACCGACACUACCAAGAUGAAGGGCGGAAUUCUAUGAAUAGCAAGCUAAUGAUGCUUCAGCCAAAUAUCACAUUUCUCUUUUGUAUGUAGUGUGACCAUGAAAUGGAACUGGUUCCCGGCGGAGGGCGGCCGACCGAGCACCAGCCGCGGAGCACCAGCUUUAUUCCAUGAUGAAGACCGAACUAUGCUGAUGUGCUUUUAUCCCUUACAGUUAUUUUGAAAUGCAUGAAAAGGAUAGUGAAGACAAUAUUGGCGAAAGAGAUGGUAAUGCAAAGAAAAGUGACAGUGAUUGGCAAAUUAAUGAUAAUUGAAAUCUGCUAAACUGUUCAUAAAGAAAUAUGUAAGAGAAAUUUGCAACAACUACAAAAUCGCAAUAAUGGAUGGAUGGAAAUCCAGUUCUCAUAACGAUGAAGAGUAAUAACGAUUAUUGAUAAUAAGUAUAAUGAGACUACCAAAUUAACCUCUCCCCCCCUGACAGUGCCAAAGAUGGAACACUAGAGGACUGAGUCAGCUGACCUUGUUCAGCGGCGUCAUCGCGUGACUGUGAUGACGAUGCCAUGUACCUGUAGCAGCACGUGGCGCCCUCAUCUGACGCCGCCGUGUCAGACCAGGGUGCACUCUGUAAUAUGUUUUCGACUUGGCCGAAUGGUUGCCAUUGUGCCAUAGAAUUAACGAGGCGUAUGUUGCUGCCAAGCCAAAGCUCCGGGAUGAAAGGACAAUGUGACUCUGAGAAUGCUUGAGGCUACGUCGUUCAUGUGAUAUUAUACAAUGCCUGUGAUAUCCUGAUGUUGUUGUGAUUAUAACAUCCACGUUCAUGUGACAGACAGACUGUUUUUUAUGAGAACAAGAUAAUGACACUGGAUCAUGGUGAUUCGGUUCAAGUCAAGUAGAUAUGUUUUGUGACCGUUAUGUAAACUUCAGCUUGCAGCUUCACCUUGAACUGGAUAUACUGUGGGAUGCAGAUGGUUUGUUUCCUUUCCAUCAGAGUUCUUCCCACGCCACAGAACUAGAUCUUCGUCCGAGAAAAUAAUUGAACUUAAAAGAACUAAGCCGAACGAGUGCGUUAGAAUCCAAACGUUUGAGGUUAAAAAAGAGUAAUGUAAUACUGUAACAUAUCUUUAUGUUUGGCAGUACGAUGCAAUAAGAAAAAGUCAUCAUUAUCUGAAAUGGUGGUUCCCAUCAUGGAAUAUUUAUUUCAUUUCACUGACACUGAUUUGCAUUCUGCAUCAUCAAGUGCUUCUUUUUGACACGCACGAAGCUCUGAUUUGAAUAUAAAUUGAUGCUUACUUUUAAGCGAUCUUCUUGCAGCAUUGAUCAGUGAGUCAAGCAGUCAGAAAGAACCAGUCCGUCAUAUAUGUUUCAUAUAAGGUUCCAAGGCAGGAUUUUCCAUCGCAAGUUCAAACAUUCAAACGUCACAUGGUACCUAACCCAAAUACAUCUAUAAAUUAAUAAGACUACGAAUUGUAUAUAUUGACUACUUUUACGACUUACGCUAUUUUUACAAGUAGUAUCUGGAGGAACGAGAAUCUCAAAAUCAUGAUGGCGCCAAUGUUUUGUGACCACAUCUGUGACCACAUCUCAUGUCAGUUCGAAACAAGAAUUUAAUUAAAGCAGUAGCAUUUGACAAACAAAACCGAUCGACAAACUCCCAAGAAUUAACGUUCGUGGAUAUUGUAUUAGUUAUGUGACCAACUUUGACUCGCUUUGUUUCACCAGAGGUCCAUUGCGCUCACAUGAGUUACGGAUCCCUUCCUUCCAGAGAAUGCAUCAAAAUGUACUUCACAAUCCUCCGUGAUUUUCUUUGUUGCAUCAAGAGUUGCAUGAUCUCAUAUUACAGUGCCCCGAGGACAGGAAUCCGUUUGUUCAUGGAAUUCAGAUUAGCAUUAGUCAUUUAGGAACAUUAACUCGUGAUUACAUAUAUUGAAAAUGAGUUGUGAGAACAAGAGAUAUUGCGUAAUUCCAAUAGAUUUCUGAAAGACUUAAAACAGGGAAGAAAGUAGGUUAUGAUUUCUAAAGGGAAGCCAGUUACUGCAAAUAUACCAGUAAUUUGCCUUAUGGACAAAGAAAAUCACUUUGAAUCGUACCAGGGAAAGGACGAGUAAAUUAUUACAUUACCUGUUUCCAGGUCUGAUAUUUUCUGCUUGAAGUCAUAAUAAAAAAGGAAAUGCAAAGACCUAAAUCUGAAAAGAAAUGCUACAGACCACAACUUCAAAGAAAGUUCACGGGAAAAAGACGUGUUUGAUUAUCAGCCAUGCAUUUUUGCAGUGUACUGUAUCAAAAGUCUCGCACUUUACUUAUUCUGAAAAUUGGGUAAACACAUAAGAUAAAAAAGGAAAUACUUUAUUUUAAUCACAGUUCAUAUACUACUACAUAUUUUUUUAUAUAGCUUAUGGCAUGCACAUUAUCAUCUGGUUAAACUGGUCAAAGAGGUUUUUUUUAUAUAUCUUCCAUGUAUAAUUAUAUAUUCAGAAACUGCAUGUUGUCGGAAAUGCGCAAGUUUGUGAUUAUCACCAAUAAAUAUUCUGGUAGGUAGCAUAUUUUCCUCAUGUCUAGCAAAUUAGAAUAUGAAGGAAAUGCUGACUAAAAAACUAAGACGAUCCUGAGUGGCGCGCCCACAUAAUGCAAAUGUUGCCUGAACCAUCGUGAUAUGUGACGUUAUCAUCUCUUGGAAGAAUUGCGUGUGAGAAAGGCGAGGCGGUGGUGUUGAGCUGUUUUCGUUGUAACUCACUAUUUUUGUAACCACUUAUUAUAUAUAAGGUUCCACAAAUAGGCGUAUGCAUAAGUCGAUGUGACGCCACAUAUCACGCAAACUAAAUAGAACGGUGCUCUGAAUCAGUCAUCCAAUUUGUAAAAUAUUAUAGCGAGGGAAACUGACUGUUAUCAUACAUGCAAUCACAGAUAAUUCAACUGUUAUAGCAGAGGUUCCUAACCGGCGGGUCGCCGUCCCAAACAGAGGGCUAGUACUUUAUAUUGGGGAAAAUAAAGUAGGCCAAUAUGCAAGGCGUCCGGCCAUGUUCGUAUUAAGCAUAUGCCAAGAAUCCAUGUCACCACGGAAUUCUGUAUUAUAAUCAGGUAAAUAAAGUUUGCAUAUAUUGCUGAAUAUUGUUUUUUUUUUUCUCUUAGGCUAAAAAUGUGCGAUAAAAAUUGAUAAACGUGACGGCUGAUGUCGGGGUCGCGGGAAUGUCGGUUUUAGGAAGGGGUCGCGAAUAUAAAAAUACUGGGAACCACGAUGUUAGAGCAUGAAUUACGAAUAUCAGUUAAGUUAUGCAUUUGAAAAUAGGACAGUUUACAAUUUGCUAAUGAAAUACGCUAAACGAAUAAUGAAUUCACAAUCAUACAGUGGGUGAUCGAUAGUUGUAGUUUGCCUUUGUCACUUUC